ACACUAGUGUGGCAUCAGUGUUUAUGUAGCUGUCUCCAUAAUGCCACAACUUGGAAGUUUCAUCAAGUCCAGGCCCCUCCUCCUAAUUUCUCUUUUAUGGACCAGUUCCUUUGCUGCAGCUGCACACAUUGGAGCUAUUAACACCAAAAACUUUCAUUUCAAAGAAGCCCCAAAAUUCUACAAUUUCCCAACUUGUCCUUCUCUUCACUACAACUCCUCCCCCUCCACCGACACAAAUAUUACUACACAAAUUUGCUUCCAAAAUGCAGUAAAUGUAGCCAUGACCCUUGAUGCUGCUUAUCUCCGAGGUUCGAUGGCUGCGAUUCUUUCUGUUCUUCAACAUUCAUCUUGCCCUGAAAAUGUUGUUUUUCACUUUGUGGCGUCGUCUUCUGCUAACAUCAAUUAUUUAAAUGUCACGCUUGAUACUUCUUUCCCUUAUCUUCAUUUCACAAUUUAUCCAUUCCGAGAUUCAACUGUCGCUGGAUUGAUCUCCACGUCGAUUCGCGCUGCUUUGGAUUGUCCUCUAAAUUAUGCUCGGAAUUAUCUAGCUAAGCUUCUUCCUGAAUGUAUUCAAAAGGUGGUGUACCUGGAUUCAGAUCUUGUUCUUGUAGAUGACAUAAUCAAGUUGGCAGCAACACCUCUAGGUGAAGAAGCAGUUCUAGCAGCACCAGAAUAUUGCAAUGCAAAUUUCACAACCUAUUUCACCCCUACUUUCUGGUCAAACCCUUCUCUUUCUUUGACUUUCGCAAAUCGAAAGCCUUGUUAUUUCAACACGGGUGUUAUGGUAAUUGAUCUCGAAAGAUGGAGAGCUGGAUAUUAUACUACAAAGAUUGUAGAAUGGAUGGAGCUUCAAAAGAGAAUGAGGAUUUAUGAAUUAGGUUCAUUGCCACCUUUUUUACUUGUUUUUGCUGGAAAUAUAGCUCCAGUUGAUCAUAAAUGGAACCAACAUGGUCUUGGAGGGGAUAAUUUUCGAGGACUCUGUCGGGAUUUGCACCCUGGUCCGGUUAGUUUAUUGCAUUGGAGCGGAAAAGGGAAGCCAUGGGUUCGGCUCGAUGCGAGCCGACCUUGCCCGUUAGAUGCCCUCUGGGCACCUUAUGAUCUGCUUCAAACACCUUAUCUUCUUGAAUCUUAAAGAAGCUAUAAGAAGUUACGUUGGAGCACAAGAGAGAGUAGAGAUCUGUGUACUUCAUCAGGAGAUCCUCCUCAAUUGUGUUGUUUACAUGUACAGUAAGAUUUUGUUUUCAUGCCUAAGGUGACGGCUGUUUCUUGUAUAUUGGAGUAUACAGUUCGAACUUUUUCUGUGCACCUCAGUAUAGUCCAUGUAUUAGAUAUACACCCCAGUAUUA